UCUACAUGGAUACUAAAAUCAUUAUAGGUGUUUAUACGGUAUUAAUUAUUGGAACUCUUGGUAAAAAUGUACGAAUUAUGGGGGGUCAAAGCUUAAGUGUCCGGGAAUGCCCUUAUUUGGUGUCAAUUAGAAAUUUGGUGCCUAGCAUACAUGUUUGUGCCGGUGCUAUAAUUACUAAUAAACACAUACUUACGGCCGGUCAUUGUUUCUAUAGAAGAAAAAAAUACGAAAAAUUAAUUAUUAACACUGGAAGUUCAGAUUUACCUAAUGUUUCUAAAACUCAGUUUACCAUUAAAGUUGUAAAUGUGCAUCCCGAAUUUUAUGGCAAAAUUGAUAGUCCAGGUGAUUUUCUCAAUGAUAUCGCUGUUAUUACAAUUAACGAAUGUAUCGAAUUUGAUGAGUUUCAAAAUAAAAUAGACCUUCCGACCAAUGAUAUUCUGUUCGACACUACUGUUAUGCUAACUGGUUGGGAUUUGACCAACAAUGAAAGAAAAAAAUAUUCUGAUCGUGUCUUACAAGCUCCAGUGAAAGUCAUGAAAAUUUCUGACUGUUUAAAAUAUUUUCCAUUUCCUAUUCGAAAUGAUUGCAUCUGCACGUAUGCGAAUGGAAUUUCUGCAUUAAAAGGUGAUAGCGGUGGUCCCGUGACUGAAAAUAAUAAAAUCAUAGGUAUUAUAUCUUUUAGUAAUAGUGACGUGAAGAAUAUACCUGAUGUACAUAUUAAUGUUUAUAAACAUAUGCAAUUUAUUCGAUCGACAAUAGAUACAAAUUUACAGUGUCAAUAG